AUGGGAAAGCAAAGUAAAAUUGAUUCAAUAUUUAAACGAAAAAGCACUGAAAUUUCUGAAAAUAAUGGGGAUGGUGACUUCUCUUCUCUACUAGCUGAAAAUCUAGCCAUAGAAAACCGACCUUCAAAACACCAUAGAGUUGAAACUAGGGAAGAAAUUGGUACCAAUUCCAUUGAACGUGAUCCCGGGAAGAGAAAACAAAUUUGGGAGUACCCUGUUGAACAACAAGAUGCUAUUCGACGAGCUUAUUUAAGCCUAGGUCCUUAUCAACCCAUACUUUCGGAGUAUAAAAAGUCUGGACCAUCCUCUCAUCAACGUCAUUUUCAAUCUUCAUGGUUUUCAUUAUAUCGAUCUUGGUUAGAGUAUUCUCCAGAAGUGGAUGCUGUGUUUUGUCUUCUGUGUUUUCUCUUUAAUAAGCCUAAUGGUCAUCCAGGACAAAGGGCCUUCACAGUAGAUGGAUUUCGUAAUUGGAAGAAAGUUAGAAAUGGGAUGAGAUGCCCUUUACUAAAUCAUGUGGGUAAAGACCCAAAUUCAUCUCAUAAAUUAUGCGAGCAAGCUUGUGAAGAUUUAUUGAACCAAGCUCAACAUACGCCACAUGUAAUUAUGAGACAAACAUUGCAGCAAAUAGCAGAUAAUCGAUUGCGACUAAAAGCUUCUAUUGAUGCAGUCUUAUAUUUGGUAUUUCAGGGAUGCGCCAUGAGAGGCCAUGAUGAAAAAAGAGGCUCUGUAAAUCGUGGUAACUUUCUAGAGCUUGUAACUCUCUUGUCUUCCUAUGAUAAAAAUGUUGCCAAAGUUGUCUUAGACAAUGCCCCAAAAAAUGCUUCUUAUAUCUCCCCAGACUCACAAAAAGAGAUUUUACAAGUUGUAUUUGAGAAGGUAAAGUGGGCAAUACGUGAAGAAAUAAACAAUGCAAACUAUUGCAUCAUUGUUGAUGAAGCUAGUGACAUGUCAAGAAAGGAGCAAAUGGCCAUUGUUCUAAGAUAUGUUGACAAUGAUGGCUUUGUAAGAGAGCGUUUUUUCAGCCUUGUUCAUGUUUCUGACACCUCGUCUAUGACUCUAAAAAAUGAAAUAUGUUCGGUUCUCUCUCACUAUGGUUUUGAUAUUCGAAAUAUAAGAGGCCAGGGUUAUGACGGAGCAAGUAACAUGAGAGGGGAAUGGAAUGGGUUGCAAGCUCUUAUUUCUAGAGAAUGUCCUUAUGCUUACUACAUUCAUUGUUUUGCUCAUCGGUUGCAAUUGGCAUUAGUUGCUGCAUCUAAAGAAGUAAUCCCUGUUUAUCAAUUCUUUUCUAAAUUGGCUUCCAUUGUCACUUUUGUUUUGGGUUCUUGCAAGCGUAGUGAUGAACUGAGAGCCACUUUUGCCACUAAAAUUGCUUCUUUGAUUGAAAGUAAUGAGCUUCAAACUGGGACGGGCCUCAAUUAA